AGAAAGCCAAGUGGGAAAACUCUUAAAGACUGCAGUGUAUCCCUUUUGGUUGAUUGUGUGCUGUGAGAAGGUGGUAGGAUCUCUCAAGGGACCUCAUACUUGGUGCUUACACUUACAAACUGAAUACAACCACUUCUACUUGCUAGAGGCUCAGAAGAAAAACAGAUUUGAAGAAGGCAGAGUAGAUGCCCGCAGCUCUUUCACCUUUCUCGUUUAUGCAGCUGAAUUGUCAAGCUCCCCCUGGGUACUGUUUGUUUAAUGACUAAAAAGACAGCACUCUGUGUCACUCCCAAGAGUCAAUAUCUGAAGUUAUGGAUUAACUAAGUUCCAGCAGAGCUCAUGGUGGAAGAAUAGAUCAUGCUGUUUCACACUGAACAAAGCAGUGACUCCUGCUGCAGGAUGUGGAAGCUUGUCACUAUAGGGGUACUGUUGGCAGUCUGCUCUUCACAAGUCUGUAGUACCUCAAUAUUUUACAGUAAUAGAGAUGCAAACCAAGUCCUGAAAAUCCAGAAGCGGGCAAACUCUUUUCUGGAGGAGCUCAAGCCGGGCUCCAUGGAACGGGAGUGCGUUGAGGAGCGGUGUGACUUUGAGGAGGCCAGUGAGAUAUUUGAAACCAGGGAAGCAACACUAAAUUUUUGGAGCAAGUAUGUAGAUGGAGAUCAGUGUGACCCACAGCCUUGUUCCAACGGGAUCUGCAAGGACAAUAUUGGAACAUUUUCCUGCAUCUGUAACAAAGGCUGGGAGGGGGUUUUGUGCAAUUAUGAGACCAAAUACACCAACUGUUCUGUCAAUAAUGGAGGAUGUGACCAUUUCUGUAAGGAUGACCCUGUCAACCAGUGCCGCUCUUGCAGCUGUGCAUCUGGGUAUCAGCUGAUGAAUGAUGAUACCAGUUGCAAGCCUGUAGUGGAAUUCCCCUGUGGAAUAGUGAAAAUGGAAGACAUGGAACCCAAAGCAGCAUUCAAUAUUCGGCUCAUUGAGGGAAAAGGAGGAAGAAGGGGAGGCAGCCCUUGGCAGGUUAUGCUGCAAAAUAGCAAAGGGAAAUUUCUCUGUGGGGGUGUUCUCAUCCAUCCAUCUUGGGUCCUAACAGCAGCACACUGCACUGAGGCAGGAGAGAGGCUCAAAGUAAAACUUGGUAAAUUCCACCGUCUCCGCACUGAGGCAGAGGAGCAAACUAUUUGGGUUGAUAAAUGUGUGAGCCAUGAGAAUUACACCAAGGAGACCUCUGACAACGACAUCGCCAUGCUGCACCUGGCUGAGCCCGUGAUGUACAACAAAUACAUGCUCCCCAUCUGCCUCCCCACCCGUGACCUGGCAGAGCAGGAGCUGACAAGAAGUGGGAAGCAGAUGGUGGUAACUGGCUGGGGCAGCACGGCUGACGAUAACCACAGUUACUCUACGCUCCUCAGUUACAUUGAAAUCCCCAUUGUUCCCCGCAAUGAGUGUGCCCAGGUGAUGAGAUUUACCAUCUCUGACAACAUGCUGUGUGCUGGCAGCUUAGGGGACAGACAGGAUUCCUGCACUGGGGACAGUGGAGGCCCUAUGGUCACUAAAUAUCAGGACACUUGGUUUUUGGUAGGACUGGUGAGCUGGGGCGAAGGCUGCGGGAGAAAGGACAAAUUUGGAGUCUACACCAAAGUUAGUCAGUAUCUUGAGUGGAUCCAGCACCAUAUAAAUGAGAUGUCAGCUUAUUUGAAAGGUUGAUUCUGAUACUGAGAGCCUGGAAUAUUGUGGCUAUGUGCUAGUGACAGUGUGCAGUGUCGUGUACUGUCAGAUCAUCAGUAUUAAAUAUUAAGUAUGUGUUAACCUUGUGUGCUGUUUUCCUUGGUACAGUCCUGUCCUUUCAGCUUUAACAUAUUAGCCACAGGAACUAUUUUGGUUUACAGAUUUCUUUUGUC